AUGCAGCGCUGCUGGGCGAGAGUUUCCCCGGCAGUAUUCCAUCGGCGCAUACGGGGCAAAAAACGGGCUGUUGAUGAGGUAUCGAGCAAGCUGACACUCGAUGCAACCAAAGCGGGGCUCUCUGGUGUAAACAAGGCACGCGUAAACAAAGUCAUUGAAGGUUGUUCCAAAGGGUCAGCCUUUUACCUCAAUGAGGAGCGACUGGAGGCGCAACGGAAGAAGCGUCAUAUGGAACUCCUAUCGAAAUCUGAAGUGUACCGCCAUCUCUCCACCGCCGACAAGCAGGCAUUGAAGGACAAGGUAGAAAUGUGCGAGGUGGAACUGGAGGCAGGACGUCAUUUCCGCAACUAUGUGCACGUGGACAUGGACAUGUUCUAUGCCGCAGUGGAGAUGAAGAAGAAUCCCUCACUUGUGGACGUCCCGUUGGGCGUGGGGACCUUUGAUAUGCUCUCCACAACCAACUAUGUGGCACGGCGCUACGGCGUGCGCUCCGGGAUGCCCGGGUACAUUGGCGUGAAACUGUGCCCGUCACUCGUUAUUGUGCCAACAGACUUUGAUGCCUACCAUGCAGAGGCCGCCGUGGUACGUGGCAUUGCGGCCGCGUACGACCCAAACUUCACCAGCGUGGGUCUUGACGAACUGACAAUGGAGGUGACAGCGUACCUGCAGCAGCACCCCGGCAUGACCGCGGGGGAUGUUGCGUCCGAGUUCCGUGCACGCGUGUUUGCGGAGACGCAAUUGACGGCCAGUGCUGGCAUUGGCCCGACGGCGACACUCGCCAAGAUUGCGAGUAACUACGAGAAGCCGAACGGCCAGCACGAGCUCCGUCUGCGGACGCGGCAGGAUGUCAUGGAGUUCAUGAAGGAUCUUCCCGUGCGCACAGUGCCUGGGAUCGGGCCUGUGCAGGACGCAAUUCUCCGCGUACUUGGCAUUCGGACAUGUGGAUGUAUGCUGAGAAAAAAGGGACUGUUGUGUUUCUUGUUUCCGGAGAAGACCUUUCGCUUCUAUCUUUCGGCAGGACUUGGCGUGGUACGGAGCAACGCGGACCUUAUGCGAAGCGAUGGGACACAAAAAAAGAUGGGACAUGAAAUCACAUUUAAGCGUCGUUUGAAGAGCGAGGCGGAGUUGAAGCAAAUUGUGCUGGAAGUUCUUGUGGCUGUGCAUAACACCUUGCUGCUCCGGCGUGUGGCAGCGCAACGUGUCACACUGCUCAUGAAGCGACGUACGUUUGAAAAUCAUCAGUUUAGUCUGACGUUAGGGGAGGCGACAAACGAUUUUGCCGCUCUCCGGGAAGCGACGCGGAAACUUCUCCAGCCCCAUCUCACCUCUUUUGACAAGUUUCGCCUGGUGGGUGUGCGACUGGGAAAACUGCAAUCAACCUCAUGUAAAAAACUUAUAUCCGGAGUGGAGGAAAGGAAGGGGCGUCCACCUGCACGCAUCACUGCUUCUGUCCUUUCGGUUGAAAGGCGUCCAAAGACAGCCUCACAUACGCGCGUGCUGAACGCACCAUCUGGCAACAUGAAUCGUGUUUUUUUCUCUAUUUAG